GUACGAACUAGAAAAAAAAAAUCCCAUAGUGUAAAUAAUGUAUUUACAUUAGGGCUGAACAGGAGUUUUGAUUCGCUUGCUUGAAUGUAGUAUUUGUUCCUCCAUGACACAAGUUAACCACUGGAGGCAGCACUGAUGUCCCCAGUGGACCUUGUUUUAUUAACAUCACUGAUUACUUUGGUUCAUCUUCAUUACUACAUCAAUACCAGCAUUAGUGUUGCCAUCAUCGGCUUGUGCUUUUCUGUGUCUGACAACACUGACAUGCUGACCUCACACACACACACACACACACUUCAGUCCUCCCACGCCUUAGCCUUGCUUCCAUUUAUUCCAUUUAUUACAGAUAGAAUGUAUUUGUGUGUGUGUGUGUUUAAGUGUGCGUCUCCUAGCAACCAGAACACUUCACUGAGUCGACAGCAUCAUCGCAUACGCAACAGGUCGAUUUGAUGUGUGGAUAAAAAGACACAGUUGGACUAGUCCUAUUUUAGUAAAGUCAGAAUAAACUAUUUCCAACAUCCUUCCUACUUCACUUUCUUACCUUCUAAGAUUCUUUUCUUUUGUCUGUGUUCCAUGUCUGUCCUGUCCUUUAUCCUAUUCUACUCUGUCCUUUUGUUCAUCCCCUAAUCACCCAUCCUGUCCUUUCCUCGUCAUUUAACCUGGUCUCCUCCGGUCUUUUCUCUUAAGUUUAUCUUCAGUCUUUUUCUGUCUUCUUUUCUUGUUUCAUCUUCUUUUCAUUUCCCUCAGGUUACAUGCUCUUCUUUCUUUCUUGGUGUCUUUUUCUCUCCUCUUGUCAUCUUUUCAUAUCCUCUUGUUUCCUUUCCUUUGAGUCCAUUUUCCUCAGUCUUAUUUCCUUUUGUCUAAUUUCUUCUCUUCCCUUCUCUCUCUCUCUCACUUCAUAUUUAUUUCCUCUCCUUUUCUCACUUGCUGUCCUAUUCCUCAAGUCUUCUCUCCCCUCUUCUUCACUUCUUUACUUUCCCUUGCGUCCUUUUGCCCCUGUCUUCUACUCUUCUCUUCCCUCCUCCUCUUCUUUCCUCUUUUCUCACUAUAUUCCUAUCAUCUCUCCCCUCUCGUUUCCUCCCCAUCCUCCGCCUUCUCUCUCUCUCUCUCCCUCCCUCCUAACAUGUUCCAGUGUCUCCUCUCCUCUCUCAUCAUGUCCCUCUUGUCCGCUGCUCCGUGUUUCCUCCACGUCACCGAGUCGUCGCGCCUUCGUGUUUUUGCGCGUUUCUGACGCGUCACUGUUUUUUUUUUUUCUCUGCCUCACCCUCUCACCCAGCUGGGGUGAGUGAGUGAGUGAGUGAGUGAGUCCCUCUGCUCGUCGUGACUCUUUAAUAGUUUCUUGGCAGUGAUGGAGAACACCGGGGAGAAGGUCCACAUGAGCGCGCCUCCACUCAUUCGUGCGCCCAGCCCGCUGCACUUCUCUGGAGGGAACACCGGCACCGGGGGAGGAGGAGGGGGAAGCGGAGGUGGCAGCAGUGGAGGUGUUGGAGGAGGUGUGAUCUCCUUUCAGAUCCAAAUCGGUCUGAGCCGGGAGCCGGUUCUCCUGGACGCUGCAGAUCUAAGCCUGAGUCAGGUCCGGGAGGUGGCCUGUUCCAUCGUAGACCAGAAGUUACCAGAGUGUGGCUUCUAUGGAAUGUACGAGAAGAUCCUGCUCUUUCGUCAUGACCAAGGCUCAGAGAACAUGCUGCAGCUGCUGCGCUCGGCUUCUCAGAUCCAGGAAGGAGACCUGGUGGAGGCGGUUCUGUCAGCUUCAGCUACAGUGGAGGACUUUCAGAUCCGUCCUCACUGUUUGUUUGUCCACUCGUACCGAGCGCCAGCCUUCUGUGACCACUGUGGCGAGAUGUUGUGGGGUCUGGUACGACAGGGACUCAAAUGUGAAGGCUGUGGUCUGAACUAUCACAAGCGCUGUGCCUUUAAGAUCCCAAAUAAUUGCAGCGGUGUGAGGCGCCGUCGACCGUCCAACGUGUCCCUGACAGGUGGACUAGUCAAUUUUCGCCGCCCACUUUCUGGUGAACCCUCUCCACCUCAUUACACUGACGAUGCUUUACUGUCUCCAGUCAGUCCCAACAUGGAGAAGAACCAGAUGGAGUACUUCCCCGGCAGAGAGCGCCGUUCCAGUUCCCAGUCCUACGUGGGUCGCCCUAUAGAACUUGACAAAAUCCUUCUGUCAAAGGUCAAAGUUCCUCACACCUUUCUAAUCCACUCAUACACCAGACCCACCGUCUGCCAGCACUGCAAGAAGCUGCUGAAAGGCCUCUUCAGGCAGGGCCUGCAGUGUAAAGAUUGUAAAUUUAACUGUCACAAACGAUGUGCAGUCAAAGUGCCAAACAACUGCCUGGGAGAAGUUUCCAAAAAUGGAGACCUCCUCAGUCCAGGGGCAGAUUCUGAUGUCAUGAUGGCCGACGGUUGCCUGGACGACCAUGAUGUGGACAGAGGAGGUCUGUUGGACGACAUGGACGAAGCACUAACACCUGACGGAGGUCUGCUGCUGGAGACAAGUCCAAAUGACCUCUGUGACCUCCAUGAUCCCGACCUGGACGAGUCCAACCGUGCCAUCAGUCCAUCAACCAGUAACAACAUCCCUCUGAUGAGAGUGGUCCAGUCUGUCAAACACACUAAGAGGAAGAGCAGCAACGUGAUGAAGGAGGGAUGGAUGGUGCACUACACCAGCAAGGACACACUGAGAAAGAGACACUACUGGCGUCUGGACAGUAAAUGCAUCACAUUAUUUCAGAGCGACACAGGAAAUAAAUAUUACAAGGAGAUCCCCCUCUCAGAGAUCUUGUCCCUUGAACCUGCUCAGAAUGUCUCUCUUCUCCCUGAUGGAGCCAAUCCUCACUGUUUUGAAAUCGCCACUGCGUCCCUGGUGUACUACGUGGGUGAGAACCUGCAGAGGGCGGAGUCGUCUGUGAGCAGCAGUUGUAUUCUGGUCAGUGGCAUUGGCCAGGAUGUGGCUCGGAUGUGGGAGAUGGCCAUACAACAUGCUCUGAUGCCAGCUGUUUCCACAGGAAUUUCCCACAGUUCCCACAACAGCGGACACAAGGAAAUUUCCAUCAGUAUCUCCGUGUCCAACUGUCAGAUCCAAGAGAACGUGGACAUUAACUCUGUGUAUCAGAUUUUCCCUGAUGAUGUCCUUGGUUCUGGACAGUUUGGAAUUGUUUAUGGAGGCAAACACAGGAAGUCUGGCCGGGAUGUUGCCAUCAAGAUCAUUGACAAACUUCGCUUCCCCACUAAACAGGAGAGUCAGCUGCGCAACGAGGUGGCUAUCCUGCAGAGUCUACACCAUCCAGGCGUGGUAAACCUGGACUGCAUGUUCGAGACCCCGGAGCGAGUGUUUGUGGUCAUGGAGAAACUCCACGGAGACAUGUUGGAAAUGAUUCUGUCCAGUGAGAAGGGACGGCUGCCAGAGAGGAUCACAAAGUUCCUUGUCACACAGAUUCUGGUGGCUCUGCGUCAUCUUCACUUCAAGAACAUUGUCCACUGUGACCUGAAACCGGAAAAUGUCUUGCUAGCGUCUGCAGACUCAUUUCCACAGGUAAAACUUUGUGACUUUGGUUUUGCACGGAUCAUUGGUGAGAAGUCAUUCAGACGAUCAGUAGUUGGCACACCAGCGUAUUUGGCCCCAGAAGUUCUCAGGAACAAAGGCUACAACCGAUCUCUGGACAUGUGGUCUGUAGGUGUCAUCAUCUACGUCAGUCUCAGUGGGACUUUCCCUUUCAACGAAGACGAAGACAUUAACGAUCAAAUCCAGAACGCUGCCUUCAUGUACCCUCCUCACCCCUGGAAGAAAAUCUCUCAGGAAGCCAUCGACCUGAUCAACAACCUGCUGCAGGUGAAGAUGAGGAAGAGGUACAGCGUGGACAAGACCCUCAGUCACCCAUGGUUACAGGAUUAUCAAAUGUGGCUGGACCUCAGGAACCUCGAGACCCGCAUGGGCGAGCGUUAUAUCACCCACGAGAGUGACGACCUGCGUUGGCACCACCAUGCUCAGCUGACCGGCCUUGACUACCCUCUUAAUCCUCAUGGUGGCGAAAUAGGACACGGAGUUGAGCGCUACCAGGAGCAGGAGGAGCUGGAGACCCUGAGUGAGAGGGUCAGUGACCUGUGAGAAGAUAAAACAAAGACAAACACAAAAAUCACAAUAUGCUCAAACCAGUGUUGUACUUAAAAAGACAGCAGAUGAUGAAUUCUUUUAGCCAUAGACAAUCAAAAUACACACCCAGGUU